GAAUCACCGACAUCACUUCACCACCGAUCCUUAAAACGGGAGAAAAUGUAAACCUUAGUUGUAUAGCAAGCGGGUUAUCUCUUCUCAAUGUCACGUGGCACAGAGGACAAAAUGUCGUCAGCAACCAUGGUAACGGUACUUCCACUGUGGUGAUCAGGUUAUUUAAUAUCACUCAAGAAGACUGGGGCGAGUACACUUGUGUCACCCAAAAUGAAGCCGGAGAAGACAGGAGAACUGUUUUUCUCAGAAGUUAGUAGUUAGCCUAGUAAAGCUGUGAGACUGAAAAAUCCUGUCAUCAUGAAUAGCGAUCGGCAUAUACGUAGCCUUUUCCAUAAUAUAGCAUACAACUAUCCCCUGAAGGGGAGGUGAAUAGUGGUGGUUAUGUCGAGGUAUAUAUCUAGCGCUGUUCACCGACCCUGAGGGGGAUAUUUGUUUUAGUAUUUACCAAAUCAGUUGGAUCAUAAUGAAAAAAGUAACUAUUUGUAAAAUAAAAACGUCACUUAGUAGGAACUUUGUUUACAAGUACAAACAUUUCGGGUUAGUGUCAAGUGCAUUUUUACGAUUUUGUUGCAAAUAGGCCAUUUGCACUAAGAGGUCAUGUGACAUCGUUUUUAUGAAAAUGAAAGUUAUAUGAUUUUGCCUUAGAAAAACGAUUAGUGGGUCAUAUCUUAAACAAAAUAAUAGUGAUUUGGUUUUUCAAACCUGCACCAUUUUCUUAAAAUGAGUAAGUUCGUAGCUGGUCACGUGACCAAAAUGUGAUUUUUAAAAUUAUGAAUUACCUCUUUCUGAACACACAUUUUGCACUUAAACUUCAAGGAAAAUGUUGAAAAGAUGAUGUGGUAACGUUUAAAGCACAUCUGAGCGUAACUAUCAGACGUUUAACAAGAUAUAGGCAAAAAGUAGUUUUGGCGAGGGGUAUGCCCUCCAACAUGGCGGCCAACACAAAUCAUACUACGUUUUUGAAAGAUCAAAGUGCCAUAAAAUAUCUCCCUUAAAUGCGUUUUCUCUCAAAUUCUCUUUGUGCUCUGUCAAUUUUUGGCAUCAGCAAGAUUCCAACUCAUUGUUGAAAGAAAACAUUGGUCACGUGACCUUUUAAUGCAAGUGGCCUACUAAGCAUGAAAAUAGUUUUCUACCUACCAGUAAAUACUGACAAGCCAAAAUUAAUCGCUGUCUUGAUAUAUAUAUAUAUAUAUAUUUUUUGAACGACUGCCUCAUUUAUCGCUCAAAUUUCGUCUUUCGAAAAUGUCUUGAAACGAGACGCCAUCUUGGCUCCGGUCGCAAAACAGUGAAUAGCCAAGGACAUUCCGAGUUACAGGAGCCAAUCAAAACGCGCGAAAAUUGCUAUUCACUGAUUUGGUAAAUACUAAUUCUGGAUGGCCUAAGCAAAGCAAUUACUGAUUAUGGUAAAACAAGAGACUCGAUUUCUUCUCUGUAAUUGAUCAAAUCAAUGAGCAGCAGAAUUCCGUGGUGCGACAAAACACAACAGUUUUAAGAUCACGAUUAACAAUCUUCCAGUAGAAUUAUGAAGCGCUGAUCACGAAAUGCUUAAUGUGAUUGCUAAACAUGGAGAAUGUCACUUGUCAGCUGGGAUCUCAAAAUCAUCAUGCAGUUAAGAGUUUAGGGGAUGGGAAUUCUUACGAUGUUAAAAUUAUAAUUGAGUACUAAUUUCAAGUAGAAUUAAUAAAAAACAAGUUGUUAGGAAAACAUUUACACAACUUAAAAAAACUAAGCCUUUAUAUUGCCAUUCUUAAUCCGAAAAAAAUACCUCUUGACAAAGAUAAUUGCUUAUGUUUUCAUGGUUGCAAAUGCACCUAUGGUAUUCUUCUGGUGCAUUGUAAGAGAGGUACCUUAAAUAGUUAUUUUUAUCACAAAAUUUCUUCUUUCUAUCUUAAGUUCUCCCUGCAAGCCCGACGAUUCUUAACACAAACACAAAAGCCGUGAAAUCUACUUGGACUCUUCGGUGGUCAGCGGUUUACAGUGAGGGACGCUUGGUGACGACGUAUACAGUGUGGCACCGAGUGUUAAACAUGACAAAGGUGGCAGACAAGGAUAUGACUCGCAAGGAAUCUUGGUUACGAAAGAAUGUUUCUGGUUUUAUGUACCACAUAGAACUGGCUGCCUAUAAACGUUACAUGCUCGCAGUAACGGCUUGGAACAAAUGGGGCCAAAGUCAAUUAGAAAUUAGCAAAACAUUGAUAAUAUCUACAAAUUUUACGGAUGGAAUCAAUCGGAGAACCAAGACAACAACGAAGUCACUUCACAAAAGUAAGAUAAGUUCAUCAGUUACACGAAAUAAGAAUAUAUUCGAAAAAAUUUGCCUCCUCUGUGACAUGAAUACCAGUAAUCGGAGACCUAUUUUAAAAGUGUAUGGGAUUCUAGGAUUGCCAAACAACAUUGCAAGUUGCUGCGGAAAGAAAUGUAUGCCGUUUGAAAUGGCUGCGGCCUAAAUAAAGUUGAAUGUUAAGAGUACCACUAAUAAUACAAUUGUAUCGUGUAAUUGUAAACUGAACCAAGCGGACACCACCAUCAAACGACCAGGCCCGCCCCCUUUUGGCCAUCCAGGCUGGAGUUCCCCUGUUGUCGUCAUCUCUGUUAGCGGCUACCAAGUGUUACUUUGCCUAGCUGAACAAUAAAGGGAAAUACGUAUACACUCUGACAAAGAAGGUGACCACUGAUCAAAGACCCGUUAUGUAACGUUAUUACAGGGAACUUACCACCUUUUUGGGUUAUUAAGUUUGCGCCAACGUUUAUGGUAUUGUUCAUGUAGCUGGGAAACCUCAUUAAAACCUUUUGGGGAGAACUCGUUCGUAACAAGAUUGUAGUUUUGUUCAGUACUAAUUUACAUGUAAGAGCUGUCUCUUCAUGGGUGAAAGCUAUUGCUAUACAAGGUUCUAUAAAGGUGUUUCUUUUAGAACAAACUGGCGUUUCUCUUGAACAGUAUGCUAUACGGCCAACCUCCGUUUAGUUGCGUUACCGGCCUUCACCUCGAGGUUUAACUCUAGCUACGAGCUGUGAUCAAUAAUGCUUUACAUCACCAGUAUAGUUUGGUUUACUUUUCCUGGACGGGAGAAGUCGUUUUGAUAUCAUCUGUUUUUUUCUCUAACAGAGGUUACAACAGGGAUGUCACCAACGCACAGGGCUAACAGGAAAGAUGAGGAGAGGAAUUAUAAUGUCACCCUCGUAAGCAUUAUGAUUCCCAUUGCCUUUUCUUUCUUGCUUCUAGGAGGAAUCUACUGUUUACGCAGAAAAUCUGUUUGUAGAAAGGAAAAAGAACAACGUAAGUGAACUAAUUUUUUUACAGUUAAUGUCAUCCUUGUUCUUUCAAAAAAUAACUCAUUUAUUGCAUGAUGUCCAUAGUAAUCUCUGUCCUGAUACAAGAAUCCCGAAUCCAGGUUCCACUGACAAGAAAUCGGGAAUUCACAGCGUGGAACCACAAUCCUAGACUGUUUAUAUACUGGCUAUGAAUACCUAACAUGGGGCGAAAGAUACCUUACAGACCUUCCAUGGGGCGAAUCAGCUAAAAUUUCAUUGCUCAAUUUGUUGCUCGAUCAGUACAUUGCUAAUAGCGAACAGGCUUGAUGAAAUGUAAUUACGUAUAUGUGGUACGUAGAUAUCUCCACGUACACAAACAAGGACAUUUUGAGCACAGAUUCUAACACUGAUUCUUUGUUUUCGAAUUUAACAGGUCAUCAAGAAAUCAGAGCGUAUGUAUUUUAUAUUUUGAGGAAAACGUUUAUCCGUUUCGUCUUUCAUCGUGGGGUUGUGGAUCCAAUUCAUUUACAAAAUAGAUUUUACUUGAACAGAAACAGAAAAAUGUUGACAUUAAUUUUUGCUUAGAAAAGGACAGUCCACAGACUUCAACGUGUGUGUGUCUACUGAGAGAUUUGGGAAGCAUUACCAUGCAUACAUGGGCUUUUUCAUUUUUUCAAAGCACCGCGAUCUAAAAACGUAAUUUUGCUAUCGUCAUUUCAGUAGUGUUAAUACAACGUCUUUAUUCCCAUAGGUGCACUAAGAAAUCUUGAAAUACUAACUUUAAAAAAACGCAGAACAGUGCCAAGUUGCCUUUAAUUGGCAAAAUUGUAACAGGGGAACAUAUCUGUUCGAAGAAGCGAAUUAAGUCAGGGCCCAGUUGCUCGAAGCAUGGUUAGCGUUAACCAGCGUUUAAUCCCUUGACAACGUAUUGGUUUUGAUACGGCUUAACCAAUGGUUAAAGCUAACCAUGCUUUGAGCAACUCAGCCCAGAUUGCUUAAAAUUUUCCGUAAGUGGCAUGGUGGACGACUUGAAAUUUCUAGAUGACAGUUCCAUUCAUGAACAAUUCUCGAGGCUUAUCUCAGAGAAAUUCGCUACGAAAUUCUGAGGUCCAUUUUUCACAUUUCACUCCCUAGGUUUAGCUAUAUUUCGAAAAAAAAGGAAACCUAAUACUUUAGGAUUGGAAAUUUUAUAGAGUAUUAAAGGAAUCAGUAAUUUUUUAACAUUUCUGAAACUUGGAAUUGAAUCUAAAGUUCUGGGAAAAUAAUACUAAAGCCAUUGUAAUUUCGAAAAGAUUCACGUUGCCCUAGGACUGGACCGAACAGAUACAAACUUUAUAGCGUCACUUAGAAUGCAAAACUCUUUCCCGGCUAUUCGGUCAUUUUCAGCCAAGCUGAGGGCCCUAUAUCAAUCGUAAAUAGAUGACUUCGAAACGAAUACUCGAAAGUAAAAAAAUUGUAACCUAUACUAUCUGUUUUAUGCCGCAAGAAAAAAACACCUUAUUUAUUUUUUUCAGAAUAACAAGAUUGUACUUUACAUCCCAGGAGAAUGGAUCCUCUGAUUUGGUGAGAUCCCCUUUUUCAUUUCUUACACCACUUUUUUCUUUUAGAUAAAAGUAUUUUAAAAACGCCGUUCAUUUUUUAGAGAUUGAUUAGCAGCGUUUCAGUAUUAAUGUAUUCAGAAGGUUUUUCGCGAGAGGGUUAGCCAGUCCUGCCCUUAAAAAAUUCGGGGUCCUUUUAGUUUCCACCCUGUACCACUGUCAACACUGAAUGGUUUUCGUCCUCUUUUUUAAUUUAAUACUUUUAGAUCGGAAAAAAUGAUAAGAUGAUCAUGUUUGACUUUAUUAGGGCCCAACUUUAUUCCCCUAGACUGCAAAACAGUCCGUAUUUUUGCGUAUUCAAGUGCGCGCGAGCAGUCAAACAAAAGAUCUGGAACGAGGGUGAAAACAGAGAGCGAGACUGGGGAGAGACGCGUAAAACUCUUACGCCCCGCUUUACCGAUUUCUUUACUGAUUUUGAGAAAAAAACCACUGUUUUGCAGUCUAUUAUUCCCUCAGUCUCGUCGGUUUGCUUUCAUAAAUAUGUUUUAUAAAUAUAGGAAUUGAAAUAGGGAUAAACGACAGUCAAAACCCUCUUUACGGACACCUCGUUUACUUUGCCCUUGGAAAGAAUCUCCUAUAUUUUCUCUAACUUCAACACGCCUAAUGCAGACACUUUCCAUAGCUCUCUCAGUGUGCGUAUUUAUUUAACGGGGUUUGACUGUACUUAUUUAUUGCAGGUUCAAGGAAAUGGUAUGAAUGAAAGACACUUGGUGACGUCAUCAGAAUUGCCAGUGGGUACCUCAGAAUCGAACAAGGCUUCAGAACAAUUGUCAGCAACAGUAACAGAAAGUCAAGUUGGAGAGAACUGUGAACAGAGGAGAGCUGGUAGAGUUUUUGCACUGACAUCAUUCCAUCCAGAAGCGAAUGAUCUCACUCGAGCAGUUACUUCAAAUCAGGAGUCCAGUGCCGUGAAAACAAUUGAAAAUCACAGUGUUAUCAAAGGAAUAAGGGAUAGUCAGGCUCUUAUUACUGGGUAUAUCAACCCUGCUAAUUCUGAAGGGGACAACCAAGUUGUCAUGGAAACUAGUAAGAGAACAGGUGCAGUAACGCACGGAAGCAUUCAAGAGAUCAAUCAGGAAACGAGAGCAGUCAGGGAGUCAGAAAACUUUCGCAGAAAUCAAUUUGAAACUGGUGUAUGCCAUCAAAAUUCAAAUUCUGAGAAUUACCUUCAACCAGUCGACAGUGAAAAUUUGCAAGUGAGGGCUCAAACCAGUCGCUUCACUUGCGAUAAAAAAGCCCAUACCUUCCAAUCUAGGCCUCGGCCAAAACCAAGGUUGAAGAUUAUGGGUAAAAGUGUCACUGAAAGCUUCCAACAUAAGGAUUCAUCAUUAACUCUGCCACCGUUAAAUACGCGAUGUACAGAUACACGAACUAGAAUGGCUGAGCGAUCAAAUUGUACCAGCCCUCGGACGAUAGCUUUUCGCGGAACCACCGGCUAUCAGAAUGAUCAAUGUCUAAAGUCUUUCUACCAGAACACAGUGGGGAAAACUGGCUCUACAUUGAAGCCGCAUAGCAAAGUUGAAUCCCCAUACACGCCAGUGCUUUCUAACACCAACUGGGAGGUUUCAUGCAAUCAUUUGACAUUAUUUGAAAGAAUCGGUGGUGGGUCGUUUGGCCAAGUGUGGAAGGGUGCGGCGUGGGAAGUGAAUGGUGCCAAAAGCUGGUCCGUGGUGGCCGUUAAAAUGCUUAAAGGUGAGGUGAGACCCCCGUCACUGGCUAAUCUACACAUUUUAGAGGACCGUUUAGUACCUGCAGGUUAUAGAUGGGAUUCCAAAAAAAAAAAUUACCAAAAAACAAAACAGAUACCAGGGUUAGUCCAACUUAAAUUGGUUACAUCAAACUAGAAACUUCAAUAUUCUAAGCUAAGACGCUAAAUUUCCCUACCGUUAGAAUAAUAGAAUGAGUUUUUCACCUCAAUCCUUGUAAAUGCUACCCUCAAUUUCUUAGCCUGAGAAAACAGCCGAAAAAGUCUGAGGAAGGAGCGAAGAAAUUCCAUUCUGAUGACACGACAUCAGUGCUUCUGAUUACUUCAUCCGUUCAUUCUGCGCUCGUUCCUCGGAUGUCAUUUCAUGAAAAGGGGAAAAUGGCGAUGGUGUCGUCGCGGAAUGUCAACUUUGUUUUCAAAUUUCUCUGAUUUUAAUACCCUUACAAGGCACACCCUUCAAAGAGGCACAGCACUAAGAGUUACCAUCGGAGAAAAAUCUAGCCAUAGCGGGGUACAAAAUAAUACUAGAGCAAAAAGAAAAAUAAAUUUUGCCAAUUAUUUUAUCGGUUAUUCUAGAAAACCUGCUCAUUUUUGAGAGGCUUUGCUUCUUUUGUGUCCUGUCUAAUUUCUCUUCCGAGCAGUUGACAAGAGUGGACAGUCAUGGGCCAAACAAGCCCACAAACCAUUUCACACAAAUGAAAGUUAUAUUUCGAUUGUAGAAAAAUCUUCCAAGUCCGAUCUCAAGGACCUUUUGUCUGAACUGGACUUGUUGAAGAAGCUUAAACCUCAUCCUAACGUCAUACGAUUGCUGGGCUGUGUGACCAAAGAUGUGGUGCGAUGUCAGGAAAAGAUGGAGUUCAGUAAGUUCAUGCUUAAAAAAAGAUAAAGUUAAUACUGAAAAGUAGUUAUUCUGUUGUAAAAGGUAUGAUCACUUCCUCUAAGUUCAGCGCUGUUAAGGAGCAGUAUUCAUGUAACCUCUUCCGCUGCAAGAUUUAAAUCAUUUAGCAAAGGUAAAGAGAAGGAAAUAUAUACUAGGGUAUCUAAAAGAUAUUAAUGCUGCGGCACUGCAUUCUGUUGAUACUGACAUGUACAUUAGUUAGGCAGAGAUCCAUCUGCUUAAGUGAGACUUGAAAAUGACAUUGAAUGUCCUAUCUUUUAAAACUAAGGUUAAGACUUUUUUGUUUCGCAUGGCUUUCUGUUAAUUUUAUCUAAUUUAAUUGCUCAUUAUCUUAUUUUUCAUACGGUGUAAUUUAGUUUUUUUAUGAUGUAUUUUUAGUUUUUAUAUUAUGUAUAUAGUUUUCUUAUUGCUUUUGUUUAUAGUUUUUAGGUAUCUUAGAUGUAACGCGCAUUUGAUCAUAUUCGAAUGUUAAUUUGCGCGCUAUAAGCAAUAAUAUAUAUAUAUAUAUAUAUAUGUAAUAUAUAUAAUUUACAUGUUGGAAUGUAAUAAUCACUAUCAGUAUAUAGAAAGAACUCGUGGGAAGGUUGUUUAGAAAACGAUCAAAUGGUCUUCAACUCUGGUUUCCCACAGUAAACUGUAGGAAAAGACAAAAAUUCGGAUUGUUUAUCCACAUAUUAAUUUUAAUAUACGGUGUACUAUUUUUCUCUGGAAUGCUUUUCUUGCUGUUUAUUGCACUUUAUUAAAUAACAGUUACUUAGGAAUAUAUAUGUAUAGAAAACAACAACACAAAAAAAGAAAAAAAGAAGGAAAAAAAGAAAAGGCACUGAGUAGGACUCGAGCCGUUUUAACCGAGCUAUUAACAGUAAAAAGAAAAAAAAAGCAAUGUAAACGCAUUCCAUGGCAAUGAAUGAAUGAAAGAACACAAUUAUACUUUACAAAACGCCGAUACAGGUCCUCGUCUGCAAAGUAGGACGCAAAACAUAUGUUUGGUUAUCUCGAUUUCCGCUGUUAUUUUGAAGCUUAUGGUCAAAAUCACAUGCAUUUUCGGCUCAUCCAGCUUCCUAAGAAUAGCAUGGCAUGACACUGUCUCACUUUCGCAUCCGAUCUUCUAGCAAGUAUCCCCCGUGCUGCGGAUUCCAAGAGCAAAUGCUCAUCUUCUCGUCAAGUUUAACGCCUGGAUGAGUCAAAGGCUCUUGAAAUCCAAUCCCCAACUUAACCAUCGUACUCAUCUGAAAGACUCUUGCGUGUCUUAAAUUUAGUAAGAUCUCUAAACGUGCUUUGUCACAAAGAAAACUCUGAGUCUGAACAGCGAACUCGAACCUCCUUGUGUUUUUAUUAAAGUUUUUCGUGGCGCAAUGCAUUCUGGUAAAAAGUGGCGCGAAGCACUCUGGUUAAAUACAAUGCAUUGUGGUAAAAAGCGAUGAAUUCGAGAAUUCGUCUCACCUUCGUCUCACCCUUAAAUCCUGAUUAUGUUGCUGUUCGCUCCCUACGGUCGCUCCGCAGCAACUAGAUUUCAUGACCAGAACGGGACUUCUGAGUGAAGAGAAUUUUUCUUUCUUGGGUUUCAAACAUUAUUGCACGCCCAAACGUACUUUUUUAAAACUAUUCGCAAAGAAUUUGUAGUUUAGAAUGCUUUCGAUAGCAUUGUUAAGUGAAACAGAUGAUUAAAAAUAAAAGUUGCUAUCUUCUUCGAGCUCCCGAUAACUUAAACUCGGGAUAACUCGAACUUUUUCUAAUUUCCGUUGAAGGUUCGAGUUUUCGGGAGUCGACUGUACAUCUUACAAAGAAAUUCAAAUGUGAUAAUAAAUGCUAGCCUAGCAAUUUGCUAUCUACAUGUGUAAGCUUGCGAUUAUCUCAGAGAUAAUAAUUGCAGUUUUGCUCUUGAUUAAGGCCCCUUCCACACUUAUCCGGAUAUUUUUGAAUCCGCAAAUCAUCCUAACUUUGCGGAUUCAAAGAUCUCCACAUCCACACGUAGCAUAAUCGAGUUUUCCCGGCCACACCUAUCCGGAUUCACUCUUAGUCGACGUCACCCUGCUAAUUUGUAAAGCUAAGUUUGGCUCAUGGGAAGUUUUCUCGUCACUCUUCUUCAAUAAAUGUAUCGCUGACAAAAUUGUCCUUCAAGCACUACUCUCGUCCGACAUAGAAAGAAGCCUCAGAAUGUCGAGCAGCCGUUUGACAUCGUAAUCAUAGCUAGGUUUAACGGCACACACGUCAUAAGACUUUAAACUGAAGUCCAAGAAGCCAGAGGCGACAAUAUUGCGCUCGGCACCAUCUUGAAUACAGUAGAACCUCUCCUUUGAGACACCUCCAUUCAGGGGACACAAACUCUGGUCCCGGAAAAACGUUCACAUGAUCUUUGCAUUUGUUACCUCCAUUAAUUGAAGGGUCACCUCUUUUCAGAAAAAAAGGGACACUUUUUCUGGGUUCCGAAACACGGGAUUAACCUUCAUUCACAGGGACACCUUAGCGUUCAAACUAGAGUGAUUGAUCACAAAAAUCGCUGAUAAAUGUAAGUGUUCACUAGUCACAACGGCGGCAGAUUUCAAAGUAAUAACAUGAACUAUCUCACUUAAAAUCGGUGUACUGCACUUGUGGGAAUUCAACACACAACAACAAUGCAAAGAUAUUUUUAACUUAAUCAUGAUUUUUUUAUUAUUAUGUAGCUGCUUGAAAUAAUGACUUCAGCAGAUUCCAAGGCAGAAUAAAAGAAAUAUAUUUUAUUUUUUGGUUAAUUACUAACAAAACCCAGCCUAACCUCUAUUCAGGGAACACUUGCCUUGGUCCCGAGGGUGUCCCCUGAAUAGAGGUUCUACGGUAUUCACAGUAAAGAACUGGGCUCGAUUUUGUUACGUCACCGGAUAAAAAAUAUCCGGAUUUAGCGUCCACACGAUUCCGGAUUUAUAGCGUAUUAAAAAAAUUUUACUUUGGACAGCGGAUUCAAAAAGUUGCGGAUUCGUAUGGUGGAUUCAGCGGAUACGUGUGGACUGAGGCCGAAUCCUCAAAGAAAAAGUUGCGGAUUUAAAAAAAAAAAAUCGGAUACGUGUGGACGAGGCAUAAGUUUCUUCCCAUUUUUUUUUUUUAAGGACCACCUCUUGUUAUCCUGGAAUUUGUUCCUCAUGGCGAUCUUCUUGGAUAUCUAAGAAAAAGCAAUGGAGAAAAUGAUGAUUUCUAUGAUUUAAAAAGCAAGGAAGUGCCAUCAAAGAUACCAGAACGACAACUUUACCAAUUCUCAGCUGAUAUCGCCCGUGGAAUGGAAUUUAUUUCGGCGCACCAGGUUUGCUGAUCUCCACGAAUGCUUUAUGGAUUGCUUGUGCAGAGACAAAAAAGAUUACGGGAACGCUAAGCAAAAGCAUUAAAUUUGUCUUGACGAAGCUAGAGAAGUUAGUUACAGCGCAUGCCUUGCGAGGCGUAGGCUCAGUGCUCUUGUUGCCGCCAACUUAAAUCUGAAAACAGGGGAGUCGGAUUAAUUAGACUCCCCCACAAAAAUCCAUCGAUGCGGAUACCCGAAAAAUUAGGUACUCGUCCGCCCAAUAAAAACGCUGGCAAGUAGAUAGUUCAGCGAAGAAGGAACUAUGUAAUACAGUUUGAGCUCUACUAAAGAUUUAAAACAAUCAAUCCAUCUUUGCAGCUAAGAAGGAUUUUAAACGCACAACGAAACGACGCAAACAAAAGCCCAGGCAUAAGCGAAUGAAAAUAUGUUUCGUUACACAGUUUGUUAUGGCUCGUGAUUACGACCUUUUGCCCGCAAUUUUAAGCUUAGAUGGCGCAAACAUAAGGAAAAGCACAAUGCUUGCGUCAUAAGAGAAUUUACAUGCAAGCUUUUUAUGUAAUGAUUAAAUACAUUAUUAUUUCUGGUCGUAGCUUAUCCACAGAGAUCUGGCAGCUCGAAACAUCUUAGUUGGUGAAGGGCUGCGCUGUAAGAUUACCGAUUUUGGCAUGGCAAGGGACCUGGGGCGAGAGGAAAUCUACGUUAGAAGAUCCAAUGUAAGUACGUAUAUAUAACAAAGACCAUUGUCUUUUAUGCUAAAUCGAAAAUAAAUUUCCUGCCGGAUACGAUUGAUUUAAGACUGCCUGUUUGAUAGCUAAGCGCACCUCGUAAGCCAUACCUUAACUACGCUGUGAUUCACAGCUGUCAAUUCUAUUUCGCAACAGACACUGCCCCCAUGAAACGAUUCCUGAAUUCAAGGUUCUGCGCUUUAUUGACAGGGUCUGAUGCCUGUAAAAUGGAUGGCAGUUGAAUCACUAAAAAAUCAAGUUUAUACUACCGAAAGUGAUGUGUAA